UCGCGUCGCUGCUGCUGCUGCCGCUGCCCAAAGCCCUGGCAAAACAAGCACUUCAAGUUUGAAGGCUCUGAUGCUCGGCAGCGAGCGGGAGGCAGCCUUCGCCCGGCGGGAUCUCUGCGGGGAAGACAGCGCGAGCAGCCCAGAUGGAGGCGAUCGUCGGCGUUUGGGUUUGCCUGGCGGCGGCGAGGACAGUUGUAGGCUUUGGCACAGACCCUGGCUUACAAAUUGAUAUUAUCACAGAACUGGAUCUCGUCAACAUGACUAUUGGAGUUACACAAGUAUCUGGACUACAUAAUGCCAGCAAAGCCUUUUUAUUUCAAGCUACAGACAGAGAAAUUCAUGCAGCACCUCACACAAGUGAGAAGUUAAUCCAGCUCUUCCGGAAUAAAAGUGAAUUCACAUUUCUGGCCACCUUACAACAGCAGGCAUCGACUUCAGGUGUUAUCCUGUCCAUCCGAGAGAUGGAGCACAGUUACUUUGAACUGGAAAGCAGUGGCUUGAGAGAUGAAAUAAGAUACCACUACAGAUUUAAUGGAAAGUCAAGAACAGAAGUGUUUCCGUAUCGGCUAGCAGAUGGACAGUGGCACAAGAUCGCACUGUCACUUAGUGCCUCCCACCUCCUGCUUCACGUGGACUGCAAUAGGAUUUAUGAACGUGUUAUAGAUCCUCCAGACACAAAUCUAACACCUGGAAGCAACUUGUGGCUAGGCCAACGUAACAGGAAACACAGCUUCUUCAAGGGUGUCCUUCAAGAUGUGAAAGUCAUCUUUAUGCCUAAUGGAUAUAUAACACAGUGUCCCAAUCUGAAUCGCACCUGUCCAACUUGCAGUGACUUCUUAAGCCUGGUGCAGGGAAUUAUGGAUCUACAGGAACUCCUCGCUAAAAUGACAGCAAAACUAAAUUAUGCAGAAAUGAGGCUUAGUCAGUUGGAAAACUGUCACUGUGAGAAGACUUGUCAAGUAAACGGAGUGAUCUAUCGAGACAAAGACACAUGGGUAGAAGAUGAUUACUGCAGGAACUGCACAUGCAAAAGUGGGGUUGUGGAGUGCCGGCGAAUGGCUUGUCCACCACUGAACUGUUCUCCUGAUGGCCUCCCCGUUCACAUGCCAGGCCAGUGCUGCAAAGUGUGCAAGUCCAAAUGCAUCUAUGGAGGAAAAGUGUUGGCAGAAGGUCAGAAGAUUUUCACAAAGAACUGCAGAGAAUGCCGUAAUGGAAUUUUAGUAAAAGUAACAGAGACCUGUCCUCCACUGAACUGCUCAGAAAAAGACUACAUCCUCCCAGAGAAUCGAUGCUGCAGCGUAUGCAAAGGUCAUAACUUUUGCGCACAAGGACACAGAUGUGGUGAAAACUCAGAAUGCAGAAACUGGAACACACGAGCAACUUGUGAAUGCAGAAGUGGUUAUGUCUCUGUUCAAGGCGAUUCUGCCUACUGUGAAG